AUGCGAUAUGCUUGCUCAGAGUCGUUCUUCGUACAGGUGGUGCAGAUGACGGACGCCUAUUCGAGCAUCAACAAAUAUACUGUGUCCUCGGUGUUGGGCAUUUGCUCGGACGAGCUGCGUGGCAAGGCGUUCGACGUGAUUCGCGAGUACCAUCCGGGUCUCGGCAAUCCAAUUGGGAUUCGAGCGGGCGGCACACGCAAGGACACCUUGGUGUGUGGCAAGCUACCUAGCUUCACCACCGCUAGACGCGCCUCGCGUCGGGGUGCCUCGAUGUACACCAGCCUGUCGGUGGCGGGAGGACACGUGCGCGAAUCGCCCGACAUCACGGGAAAGGCUGAAGCAGUUUUUCCCAAAGACGUCGGUUUCCGCAGUGCAUGGGAGCGCGCUGUGAGGCGAGAAGGUUGGACGCCGAAGAAGAAUGACGUCUUAUGUUCACAGCACUUUGAAGAAGACUGCUUCGAUAGGACAGGGCAAACAACGCGACUACGAGCUGGUAGCAUCCCUACCGUGUUUGCAGCGUUUCCGGCGCACCUACGAAAACCAGAAAAAAGAAAACGAGCUCCUCCGAAAAAUCGGGAAACGCCUUCGCCUGAAGCGCCCGUCACUGAUGAAGCUGCCGAAGUCUCCACCCUGCAAACUUCGACCACGAAGGAGUGGUACCGGCAGAAAGUGCAUGAAUCGGCGAACGAGGUACAACAGCUGAAGAAGAAGAUCAAGACAUUGCAACAGAACAAACGAAGACUUUCAAAACGCAUUGAUGCUUCUAAGGAUUUGAUUGACCAACUGAAGGAGCAGAACCUUUUAUCGGAGAAAGGGUCGGAAGUUUUCCAAGCAUCAUUUUCUCCGGAUAUUCAGCAGCUUCUCAAAUGA